GAUAUAUACCAGUUCAAAUUACAUACAGUGCUAGCUAGCAAUUCAUUCCUUGUGCCACCAUGAAGAAAACAGUGUUGAAGGUUAAUAUCAACUGCAUGAGGUGCAAGAAGGAGUUGAUGAAAACGGUUGGCAAAAUCGAAGGAAUUGACCAGAUUGCCAUAAAUAGUGAGAAGGGAACACUGAUAGUGGUUGGAAUCGUAGACCCCGUGGUGCUGGCUAAUAAACUCAGAAAAGCUGGAAAGGUGGCAGAGUUCAUUAGCGUUGGCCCGUAUAAGAAAGAAGACUUUGAAACUGAAAAACUAAAACUUCCUCAUAAUUUCCCCAGAUGCUGUAAGCAGUGUGAGGUAGUUGCCAUAGGGUUCCCAUCCUAUUAUCAGGGUCAUCAUGACCCUUGCUCCAUUCUCUGAGGAUAUUCAACACCUUAUGUUGCUGUUACUUUGCAAGUGCCUUGCUAGCAAUUUAAUGAUGGAAUAUUUGGUGUAUUUUCAUGAAAUAAUUAUGCGAUUAUUCUUUUCUUUUUUCCUUUUUCAUUCGGCAUUCUUGUAUUCAAACUAGAUGCAUGGUGGGAAUUUUCAUAAUUGCACAAAUUAAUACUGCCUUCGCUGUGAAAA